AUGAACUUUCUGUGCCAGUUAGUUUUUUUUCUUCUGUGUAUUAAUGUCGUGGUUUUGCAAGGACCGGGAUCCGGACAGAAUGGGAACUUGCGGCUGUGCAUAGUUGAGGGCAGAGGGCCCUAUAAACGAGGCGCCAAGUACUGUCCCGUACUCGACGAAGAGAACUCCGGUAUAGAAUGCGUUCUUGGCACGGACAGGCUGGACUGUCUCCGGCGCAUCAGCAAGGGCACCGUCGACUUCGGCGUAUUCAGCCCCGAGGACCUGGUGGCGGCGCAGUGGGCCAGCGUCGACGUGCUGGUCACCGACGAGAUACGCCACAGGGACAGGGAGUUCGAGCGAAGCGUGGUGGCGGUGGUGAAUAAAAGGAUUUUGCCCGACAGCGCCGCGCCCCUCUCUUCGAUUCUACGGAACAGCUCGCUGUGCCAUCCAGGCGUCGGGGUUGACGACCUCCGUCCUCUGAGCGAUACUCUAGCCGGGUACUUGGAGUCGUUGGUGAUAAGUAGGUCCUGCGAGCCGGACCUCUCGCUCUCGGAGAACAGGAUCAAGGCGGUCGCGGACUUCUUCGGCAGGGCCUGCAAGGCCGGGCCUUGGGUGCCGGAUGGCGCUCGGGACGCGCAACUCAAGGCGAAAUAUCCGUCGCUCUGCGCCGCGUGCCGCACCACGUGCUCAAAGUCGGACCGCUACUGGGGCGAUGGGGGCGCCCUCGCUUGUCUGGCGGAGGGCGCCGGUGACGUCAUGUGGUCGGAGCUCGAUGACGUCAUAGCCUACUUCCAGCUGAAGGUGGCCCCCACGGCCGGCUCGCUCUCGACGGACCACUUGGCCUACCUUUGUCGCGACGGCACCUGGCAACCGCUCGCUAACAACACGCAGCCCUGCGUAUGGCUCAACAGGCCGUGGCCGGUAGUGGUGGCCAAAAGGAAGGCGGCUGCAGCGGUAAGCGCUUUAGUGAGCACGAUAUCGAGCAACGCCGCGGCCGUAGACCCGCACUGGCGCGGCGCGCUCGCAGCGCUGCUCGAGUUGCGCGCAGCGCCGAAAGCGCUGCGCCCGUCGAGAGUCCCGCUCGACCAUCUGGCCACGGCGCGCGGAUUCCGCGAGGCGUACAGCCAGAGCGGCUGCGACCCGCCGAGACAUAUAACCGUCUGCACGAAGUCACUGCUGGAGAAGAACAAAUGCGAAUGGCUGAGCGAGGCGGGCGCUGUGUACGGCAUCACGCCGCCUGUGCAGUGCACGAUUAGAGAGAGCGAGCGCGAUUGCAUGGACAGCGUGCGGAAAGGGGACAGCGAUGUCGUCAUCGCUGACAGCGACUGGCUUGUGGCGGGAAUGCGGGAUUACUCCCUCACUGCGGUCCUGCACGAGGCGACGCCGAUAGUCGAGAAGGCCGGCACGGUGGUCGCGUACGCGCGGAGGGGCGCCAUGUUGGAAAAGAUGGCGGACCUGCGCGGCAAACGGGCCGCGUUCCCGCGCUUCGACGGGCUCGCGUGGCACUCGGUGGCGCGUUACCUCGCCGACAGGCUGGGGGUGCCCUGCGAUCGCUUCGUCGGCUUUUUCGGCGAGGUGUGCGCGCCCGGCAUCGUGGGCAGCGACGCUCCGCAGGAGACUGUGGAGCUGUUGACGAAGGGCUGCCUGAAGGGCGGAGCGGGAUCGAGCGACGAGCUGACCGCCCUGCGAUCGCUGGUGGAAGGGAGGAGCGACGUCGCGUUCCUCAGCAUGAAAACGUUUAACAAAUACAAAGCAAACAUAAUUCACGAGCCCUGGGCGCAAGCCGGCGUUGAAAUAGCACCAAUAUGCCCCGAAGAAAACAAGAAGUACUGCUUCAUCAGCUGGUCGAACCUCGGCCACAUCUUCGCGUCCAGCAACAGCUCUCACAUGCGGCGACAGGAAAUUAUCAACGUGUUCACGAAACUCGACCAGCUGUUCGGCAAACACCAGCCCUUCCACAACGCCAUGUUCUCAAUGUACGGCGCGUUCAACCACAAAAUGGACGUGCUCUUCCACAACAACACUAAGGGCCUCGCGACGGACGCCAUGCUCAAUAUGUAUCCGUACGACAAGAUCCCGCUCAGUUUCGAGCGCGCUUUGUCGAAUGUCAAAAAUGACGCCUGUCAAACGGCCGAUCUCGUUUUCAGUUCUAGUUUUAGUGCGGCACCAAUAUUCUUGAUCUACGUCGCGUCACUAGUCCUGUAUGACCGUUUGGAAGCAUGUAUCGAGUCUGCGAAAGAGCUCGAUAAAAUAUUUGCUCCGUUUAAGAAUGACACCAAUGUCUUGCAAUCAUCUAAUGUUGACAGCAUUAGCAGCAAUGUAAACAAAAAGAAAGGCACUAUAAAACCCGCCGCAUCGAAAGCCGACGAUAAAGAAAACAGCAAAACCUCAGCUCUGUCCAAGAAGAAAGUUAUUAAUCAAAAUCCCAACAUGUCACUUUUAUCAGCCGCUAGCAGUUCAAAACACAAUAAGACCAACGAAAAACGUAAUAAUAAGGGUGAAACUGCCCUACACGUAGCUUGCCGUCUCUGUAAAAUAGAUAAAGUUGUUGAGUUGCUGAAUGAAGGCGCGAAUCCGAACACGAAAGACAAUGCUGGCUGGACACCUUUGCAUGAAGUGGUGCAAAAUGGCAGGCUUGAUUUGGUAAAGAUAUUGCUGCAACACAACACCCUCGUCAACGUUCCAGGGCAGGGCAAUGAGACUCCCCUCCAUGAAGCAGUCAGGUACAAUCAUAGAGAUAUUGUCGAAGAGCUGGUCAGGCAUGGCGCUGAUUUGCACGCUAGAAAUAGCAAAGGUGAAACACCUACCGAACUAGCGUCUACCGAAAUCAAGCGCAUAUUGGAAACUGCAGCUGAAAAUUUACUGCAAACCCAAGGAGCGAACGUCACUCACAUAUCCCACUUGCAAACCGAACUUGACUUUGAAGAUAUAAGAAUUUACUGCGUAUCUCAAUACCGUACUGUGCACAACAAACUGAAGUCUCUCGUGAAACAUCAUAGCAACUUACACAUAGAAGCAAAAUUUACGAAAAAGGUGACACAUUUGAUAGUUGACACUGAAGACGAGGGUAUCUGCACACCUAGUUUAGAUGUCCUGCAAGGUAUAGUAUACGGUAUAUGGAUUUUAUCUUCGCAAUGGGUUACUGAGUCAAAUGAAGACAUCUUACAACAGUUUAAUACUUACGAGGUCAAAGGGGUAGGCACAACAAAAUUCAAAGGGCCCGAGAAUGCAAGAUUUAACAAGUACAAACAACUCCCUGGCCUUUUCAACGGCUGUCAUUUCUAUUUGCACAACUUUAACACAAAAUAUGAAAUUUCUAAAACAAUUGUAUUGAACAAGACCAUAUUGAGUAAACUAAUAACCGAUGCCGAAGGCGUUGUGCUUAGGCGGGUUCCAAAUCCCGAAUCUAUACCGGAGUCAGAGAAACUAGUUCCCUAUCAUGCUAAAAAGGGUAGCAAAUUAGAGAUUUGCUCCCACUAUAUUAUAUUCAAAGAUAUGUACGAACCAAUGUACAAUAUGAGACACUUUAAAGCCUUACCUAUAGGCUGGUUGAUGGAAUGUAUUGAGAAAUAUGAACUAUGCGAGCCAGAA